AUGGUACGAGAUUCCCAGGAUGCUGAACAAGGUAAUGGGCCUAAGAUUCGCUUGGAAGAAGGUUCUGACUUGGUUGAUAAAGAAGAUGAAAUAGGUGUUGUUUUUACUGACCACAUUGUGGCUCCGAGAAAUGAAGAACCAGAGCAGGAAUUUUUUGCAGAAGUUUUCACUUCAGAAAUACCAAGAAUAGCAACAUCAUUAACAAACUCGCAAACAGUUGAAACACCCUCAAAUCCAUUGGUGGACACACAACAGACUAGUGAACCGUGUCUGAUGGAGCAGAAAAAACCACUUGGUGAAAUUCCAAAGAGUAUUGAGCAAGUUGUCGUAGAGGAAACCAUAGCAAAGAACACCAAUAUGGCAACUUCAUCAAUUUUUUCCGAAUCUGCGACCUCUAAGUUGGAUCCAACAGUUACUUUACUAAGUAAAUCACAUCCACAUCAUCAUGAGAUUGGGGACGUAAGAAAUGAUAGUAUUAAAGAGGGGCCUGCAGCAGAGGGUGCUAAGACAAAAUCUUUGUCAACUGGUGUUGAAGACAUUGGCAUUGGAGGUGGUGCUGCAACUCACAUUGAGUCUGGUGGCGUGGACAUACUUGCACAAUAUUCCAAGGUUGUUGAACAAGAUGAUAAGAUGAAUGAAGGAAAGGCAGGAAUACUGCCAAGUCCAGAUUGCACAGAAGCUGUUGAAAUUGGAUUUGAGAGUUCAUGGGUUGAUGAAAUGCGUCAACGUGUUGUCACGAGGGAUCCUAAGCUGCGAGAGGACAUUGCACAGAGACAAAUAGAAGAGAAUUCUAAGAGUUUGUUACACAGGUGUAGUAGUGGGAACAUGGUACAAGAUUCUCAGGCUGUUGAACGAGCUGAUGGGCCUAAGAUUAGCUUGGAAGAAGGUAUUGCUUCUAAUGACCACAUUGGGACCCUGAGAAAUGAAGAAGCAGAGGAGGAAUUUGUUGCAGAAGGUUCCACUUCAGAAAUACCAAGAAUAGCAACAACAUUAACAAGCUCACAACCAGUUGAAACACCCGAAAAUGCAUUGGUGGACAAACAGAGGAUUAUUGAACCGUCUUUGAUGAACCAACAAAAUCCAUUUGGAGCAAUUGUAAGUAGCCCCAAGAUUCCUCUGCUAAAUGGCAAACAAAAUACCAUCAAAUGUCCACAUCAAGCAGUCAUGUAUGCAAAGCUACAUAUCUUUUUGUUCUUGUGCAGAGAAUUGAGCAAGUUACUGUGGAGGAAACCAUAUCAAAGAACACCAAUAUGGGAGCUUCAUCAAUUCUUUCUCCACCUGUUAACACUCAGUUGGACCAGAAAAUUACUUUCCAAAGUAAAUCACAUCCACAUGAUUUUGGGACCAACGAUGUCAUAAGCUUAUUUGCAUCAGGAAAAGAGAGUAAAGAUAGCCCAGUGGGAAAGACCCUCGCUGAGCUAGAAAAGUUUUUGAAGAUGUCUCUGAAGGACGU